AUGAUAAUGGAGAACGGGAAGGCGCCAAUGGUAGCCGGCAAGUCUGCCAGCGAUAUAUUCCAGCAGUACGGUCUCCUUGGGAUUCGUGAAGAAACCUACAGUUCCCGACAUCCAGAUAUCUCUAACACACUUUCGGUGGAACAAAAUCUAGUCUACGCAAACAUGAACGCUCCUUGGUCCGUGUUCAUCUGUGGCUCCCAGGGAGCCGGGAAAAGCUACUCUUUGUCAUGCCUGCUGGAGAACUCGCUCCUGACAUCGUCUCUUGCCGGAAACAAUCCAAACCCACAUGCAGGAUUGGUCUUCCACUACGACAAAUAUACAAGUUACGAGAGCACCCAGCUUUGCGAGGUGGCAUAUCUGUGUUCUGCAGGCGUCCAGGUACGCGUUCUCGUAUCUCCCAGCAAUGUUCAUGCCAUGCGAAAGCUCUACAAGAACUUACCUGGCUUGUCUGCCGACGCACCACGGCCAGAGGUCAUACCCUUGUAUUUCCAGGAGCACCAGCUCAACGUCUCGCGGCUGAUGACACUGAUGGCUGCCAACGGAGCGAAGGGCUUUCCCUUGUACAUGGAAGUCGUUUUCAAGAUCCUCCGCGAUAUAUCCACUGAAAAUAAGGGUGAAAGCCGUCUGGACUACCUCGACUUUAAACGACGAUUGGCAAGUCAGGGAUUUAGUUCUCAGCAGAGGGCUCCCUUGGGCAUGCGCCUUGCAUUAUUGGAGUCGUUCCUCGCCCAUAAGCAGCAAUCGGAACAUACCACAGCUCGCCUGAACCGUCUGUUCAAUUCUGCUCAAGGAACGCUCACCAUUGUUGAUCUGAGCUGUCCAUUUGUCAACGAGAACGAUGCCUGUGCUCUUUUUACUAUCUGCUUGUCACUUUUCAUGGAAAAUCGGGGUGACUGUGGCCGGGUCAUCGCGCUCGAUGAAGCCCACAAGUUUCUGACCCAAUCUGGAGAGGCCGAGAGACUGACCGAGCAGCUGACAUCGAUUGUCCGCCAACAACGCCACCUUGGGACACGGAUCAUGAUUGCGACGCAGGAACCCACACUGGCUCCCAGCCUUCUUGAUCUUUGCAAUGUCUCCACUGUCCAUCGAUUCAACUCCCCAGCCUGGUUCGAGGUCCUACAUCAACAUCUAGCCGGUGCCCGUCUUUGCCACGACCGCAGAGACACAGCGCUCUUCGAGAUGAUCGUUGGCUUGAGGACCGGCGAAGCUCUGGUCUUCUGUCCCUCUGCCAUGCUUGACGUCUCAGCCGAAGAUGAAAUUCGUCGGCUCAAUGAUGCUUUCAUUCGGAUACGGAUUCGGAACCGAGUGACUGCUGACGGAGGAAGGAGCAUUCUCGCGUCCGACGAAAUACAGAGCAUAGAAAGAGAAGAUAUCCCCAUGGAAGAGCUCGUCGUGCCUCUCAGUGCCGGUACGCAUCCUCGAAAGACGGUCGCCAAGCGGAAACGGUCGACAUCUGCUCAUCGGGAUCAUGGUUCCCGGGACGUACCCAGCUCUGCGGUAGCGGAUGAGGCUCAGCCGUCCUUUCGCGACAACGAGGUAAGGUCGAUGUCAGAGGACCAGGACGAGGAAUACGUCGACGCCUUGAGCUCAGCAAGCACGGACGAUACACAACACUCACUUCCCGACAAUGCAGAGGGCAGUGGCUCCACUACCACCGACCAUACUCCGAGGUGGCGUUAUCCCGUCCGAACAACUCGCUCCGGCGCAAUGAUGGCUUCACCAACACCAGCAGUGGCAGAGACAAUCCCGCAAGCCGCAGCCUCAGCAGCCCGUCCGCGUCCGGCUCCCGCUUCGGCGUCAACCAGCACUGUUACAAGGGACAUCAGCAAAGCCAAGGCCCGAACACAUUUGCGGGACGCGUUGACGGCUCUUAUGCUCCAGGGAGCCAAGACCGUCAGGUUUCCGGUUGUGCGGACACAAGCCGCCAGGGCUGCCGGUUUGCCUAAGGAUUUCUUUGCAAGCACCGAGACUUGGAAAACGUGGUCUUCGCGCAACAUCGACGAACUAGUGGUCAGUAUCUCUUCAUUCUAG